UGGUGGGCGGAGCCUCAUUCAGAACUACAAAUUCACAUCUGCAGCAUCUGCACUUACCUCUCCUCAUUUCUGCCACUCACUCAAGAAGAAGAAGCCUGCAAAAACCCCUACAACAUGACAUCUUACACUGACAAAGGAGAAAAGCAUGAGGAAGGCAAGUUCGUCUGCUUUGACCACAUCACUUUCUGGGUUGGAAAUGCCAAACAGGCAGCAUCUUAUUACUGUAAUAAACUGGGUUUUGAGCCACUGGCAUAUCGUGGGCUGGAGACGGGCAGUCGUGAUGUUGUGUCUCAUGCUGUCAAACAGGGCAAGAUUAUUUAUGUCUUCACAUCUGCCUUGAAUCCUGGUAAUAAAGAAAUGGGAGAUCACCUGGUGAAACAUGGAGAUGGUGUUAGAGAUGUUGCUUUCACUGUAGAGAACUGUGACUUCCUGGUAGAGAAAGCAAGAGAACGAGGUGCCAUCAUCAUUAAAGAGUCUCAUGCUGUGGAGGAUAAGUUUGGAAGGGUGAAAAUAGCAGUGCUGCAGACAUAUGGUGAUACCACUCAUACUUUUGUAGAGCGGGCAGGAUAUAAUGGUCUCUUUCUCCCAGGAUUCCAUGCUCCCCUGUUCUGUGAUCCUUUCUUGGCCAAACUACCAAGCGGAAAGCUGGACUUCAUCGACCAUGUGGUUGGAAAUCAGCCUGACAGUGAGAUGGUGCCAAUAGUGGAGUGGUAUCAGAGGAACCUGCUGUUCCACAGAUUCUGGUCUGUGGAUGAUAAGCAGCUGCAGACUGAAUACAGUGCGCUGCGCUCCAUAGUAGUGGCCAACUAUGAAGAAACUGUCAAAAUGCCAAUCAAUGAACCAGCCACAGGGAAGCGCAAGUCUCAGAUCCAGGAGUAUGUGGAGUACUAUGGGGGAGCGGGGGUUCAACACAUCGCCAUGAACACCUCUGACAUUAUUUCAGCUAUCCGUAACCUAAAGGAACGUGGUAUGGAGUUCAUGAGUGUUCCUGACACUUACUACCAGCAGCUCAAGGAGAAACUGAAGCUAUCCAAAGUCAAAAUCAUUGAGGAUCUCAAUGUACUGGAGGAACUUAAAAUCCUGGUGGAUUAUGAUGACAAUGGUUACCUGCUCCAGAUAUUCACCAAACCAGUGCAGGACAGACCUACUGUGUUUUUAGAAGUCAUCCAGAGAAACAACCAUCAGGGUUUUGGGGCUGGAAAUUUCAAAUCUCUGUUUGAGGCAAUUGAAGCUGACCAGAAUGCAAGAGGAAACCUCACCAUUCUUACACCUAAUGGCACAUCAGAAACACUCUGAACAAGUGAUUUAAUGCAUGGUUCUCAAAAACAUACACGGUAAACUUGAUAAUGAUUUACUUGGUCAUAUUUACAUUUGGCUUUCAAGCAUGUGCCAUUCAUUAUAAUUUGUACCCAAGUGUUUCUUGUGUCUUUUUUAAAUAAAUGAAACACCAUCUCA